UUGGGGAACCGUGAUUAUCAAGGGAAUACCGAGGCCCAGUUGAGUCAAGCACUCAGGAAAAUCGACAAACGAUGGAUUUGCAAAAGGAGUUUCAUCGUUCAAGCAGGUAUCGCGGAUAUCGUUUUCAUUGACACCACUCCAUUCGUCUACACAUACUUUAACAACUCUAAGGAACAGAGAUUUGAUUGGAGUGGUAUAAUGCCAAGGGAUGACUAUCUCUCAUCCGAAGAUAGUAGUUGGACACCACACAAUUAUGAGCAUUGGGCAAACAAGGUAGAUUUGUACAUUAAUGGACAUGACCAUUGCUUGGAGCACCUUAGCAACCAAAACGGGUCGAUGCAAUUCUUGACGAGCGGCGGAGGUUCAAAGGCAUGGAAAAACAAGAUUCACUAUGAGAACCAUAGUGAGACUACACACUUCUAUUAUGAUGGGCAAGGCUUCAUCUCAGUGGAGCUUCUACGGGAAAAGGCAAACAUAACCUUUUUUGAUGUAAUGGGAAAGCCAUUUUUCCAAAAUCUUUCUCCACAUAAAUCGAGCAUCAAAUCUUCAGGGAUGGUACACAUUUUCAUGGUCGACACAAACCCAUUUGUCAACAAGUAUUUUACCAAGGCCAAGAAAUUCAACUGGGAAGGGGUACUCCCCAGAAGCUUAUACAUUUAUAACCUUCUAAGGGAUCUAAAUGCAAAUUUGAGAGCAUCAAAUGCUACCUGGAAAAUUGUCGUCGGACAUCAUCCAAUAAGAAGCAUUGGCAAACGAGGAGACACCCAAGAACUUGUGAAGCUCCUCCUCCCCAUACUUCAGGCAAACAAGGUCCCUAUAUACAUAAAUGGGCAUGAGCACUGUCUGGAACACAUCAAUAACACUGGAAGCCCAAUCGAGUUCCUGACAAGUGGAGGUGGGUCGAGAGCAUGGGGAAACAUUACUCAUCAUGAAAAACACAAGAACAACUUCAACUUCUACUAUAGCGGGCAGGAUUUCAUUUCAGUUCAGGUUACAAGAAGGGAAGCAAAAAUGUCUUUCCAUGAUGUCUUUGCCAAAAUCCUGCAUAGCUUUAUGUUGACGAAAUAUGGUGGGAAUAACAGAAUCUCAAUUUCUGCACCCAUGUAC